AUGGUCGGUGCUCUGUGCAUCGCGGUGGGCCGCCGACCAGACGCGGUGUGUGGGAAGCCCCACGUGGACCUGGCGAAGAUUCUCUUUGCGGCGGAGCAGAUUACGAAUCCGAAGGAGACGUGCCUCAUGGUGGGCGACCGACUCACGACGGAUGUGGCCUUUGGCAAUGCGGCGGGGUGUCAGAGCAUGUUGGCCCUGAGCGGGAUUGAGGGGCUGGCCGACGUGGAGAAGGCGCUGAAGGAGGGCAACACGGCUCUCAUUCCGGAUUACGUCGCAGAAUCGUUGGCGGUAUUUUUGCCACGCUAG